CUGUUUUGGUUAGAUAUUAUGGGAUGCCCUAAAAUAAUUUGAUCAUUAUAUCUCAUAUGGUCUGUGGAGACAGCUUCAAUUUAGAUACAGCCGCUCUUUUUAAGAAUGCAGUGAUUCGUUACAGGUACAUGAAUUGAACAUCCUACCAAGAUGGCUUUACUCAAACGAACCUUUACUCUCUUCAUCAUACUAUGGGUACAAAGCACUUGUCACGGUGAAGACACUUCAACAGCACCUUUUGGGGUUUUUAAUACGACCCCUAUCACCGAAUAUGAAACGAAGACAAAACAAGAGCAAUUAGAGGACCAUGGGACUCACUCGGCUUUGCAACUAACUACCCCAUUUCCAGGGAACGAUGACAUCGAUUCUGACGUAGGUUUUCAGAAAGAGAAUCCUGGUCAGGUUUCUAAGAGACAUAAGUGUGGAUUCAUAGAUUCGUGUUUUGGAAGAUGUGGAUCAGGACCUUCCGACUUUGAUUCUAUAUACACUUACUUGGUGAGCACCAAGAAGAGAUCACCGAUCCGCACCGGUUACCUAUGCUUCUGCGAUUCUCGUUGUCCUCUAUUUGGUGAUUGCUGCAGUGACUACGAUGUCCACUGCCUAUGUGACGAUAACAAACUAAAUGGAAAACUGACAGAUAGUACGAAAGAUACGGAUGUACCCAGUGGAACUGUAGGGGUAGUUGGUGCUUCCCCUCACCUGUCCAUGGAUUAUAGUUUAAAGGACCUCAAAGAUCAAGAUGAUGACCAAUCUGAUGAUACGUACUUAACAAAACACAUGCUUGAAUGUACCCAUUUGGAUCAAGUCGAGUUUGGAUCUGUCCUGGUGAAAACGAAGUGUCAUGCAGACUGGGAAGACAAGAACAUCGAAACUCAUUGUACAAACAUCGAUCAUCGAGAUGAUGUUGCGAAGCUUUUCGUUCAAGGGACUGACGGCAUAACAUAUCGAAAUAUUUUCUGUGCAAAAUGCAACUUCGUGAGCAUUUUUCAUUUCUGGAUACAGGAUGCGUACUGCCACGGUGAACUACCAAUUUCUGUUUAUGAUAAGCCAGAGAUAUUGUCAAGCUACCUAAGGAAGUACUGUAUAACGAGAUUCCGUGUGCCAUUCGGACAAGAAUUUCGACCAUGCUUGAGAAUGAUUGACCAUUGCCCCACAGAUUUAUCACAAAAGUCAAGGUGGUUAGAACAGAAUUGUGUGUCUGGGCACCUUUCCUUGGUUACUACUGAUAUCUCCUCCUCCAAGGUGUGGGGUUCUACAUUAUAUCGCAAUGCUUUUUGCGCGGAAUGCAACGGAGUUGAAGAAAGUUUGAUCAAAUGCCCGACGAAAGACACGCUGCAGGACCAUUUUCUUCGUAAUUCCACUGGCCGCGAUGGACCGAAACAAUCAAACGGCGACAGAGAGAUUACUAAUAGAAUUGUCACAAAUUACAACAUGGCAACUAUAGAUCAGAGUAGUACUGUGGUGUAUGAAGAAAAUGGACUGGUUGUUCGAAUAAUAGAUACAUGUGAGGAAGGACAGGUUUUUGAUCCUUACUUAGGGAAAUGCCGACAACUCUACUGCGCUGACGGGUAUACCCUUGUCAAGCAGGAUUGCGUACCAAUCACGGCGACUGAUGAGCUGAACGAUGAUGACAUUGUGAUCAUUGUAGAAGCGAUCACUGCUGCGAUCAACGAAUCGAUUGGUCUCAAUGAGGAGCUAGUGAUUACUGUGAAACUUUCCUUACAACUGGAUAAUAAUCAUAAGAAAAACAAAGACAGGGCGGUAGAUGUGCAGGUGCCUUCAAUCGAUAAAGGGAAGUUACCGUUUGACCAAGUGAUAUCCAAUAACAGUUCAUGGGAUAUUUACAUAAGCCCCGUAUAUCCCAACGGUUCCGUUACCGAUCAGCAGCCUGAUGAUGUCGCCUACGAAGUAAUUGUUACAAUGGUCGUCGCGAACCCAGAGGAUGUGACCAAAAACAACGCGAGGUUAUUGGCAGAGAUUCUCGGUAAACUAUCAGAGCUAAAUAAUGCGAAUGAAUUGAUUGUUUAUGUAAAUGAUGUAUGCGUAAAGACCCCUCCAGAUGGAAGCUUCGCGUUCAUUGAAAUACUCCAUGGAAAUCUGACUGAUCUAAACUAUCUGAUUAACCAUUGUAAACAUGGGAACCUCACUAUUGUAAAAUCUUCGGAGUUUACCAUCCAUGGUCACGAGACCUACUGCCCGAUUGUCUUCGUGAAUAGCACGUCGCGUCUUUACGAUUGUUACGAGAACUACAUUUUUGGAUAUGACAGUACUAUCUCUAUUGACGAACAGACAUUCGGCGCUUUAGUAUGUGAUACGCAGUCAACGAUUAAUCCAAAAUGUGAGCGAAUCCUAUUAAAUGAGACAGAGUAUGAAAUAUUGCCAAAUGGUAGCAUGGUAUCUGGAAGUGGAAUUGUAUAUGAUCCCCAAGAUUUCCAUCACAUGCCACAAGGAGUGCUUGUCUGCACCGAGUACACCAACGUCAUUUCAGAAACCGUGGUUGUAUUUUUCGAUUUUUCUCGUGCUCAAACUAUCUUGGCCUAUACCGGACUAGCAAUAUCUUCGUUGUGCCUUUCGAUUACCCUGUUGACCUAUGUCAUAUUUUCGGAGCUGCGAACACUACCUGGGCUAAACAUCAUGGCGCUCAUCGUUUCCUCCAUAGGCGGGAAUAUUACAUUCAUCAUAAGUCUUAACCUGAUCCCAGGAUCGUUGGAAUGCCAAGUAACUGCGGUGAUAAUGCACUACUUCUUCUUGACGCGUAUAUUCUGGACCAACGCCAUUGUUUUCCAUGCUUUCCAGACAUUCGGGCCGAAGAUGUGUGGGUGUGCCAAUCGGUCGCUUGAUGUUCUUCACAAGAGUAGGGAUAAAUCACGCCUUCGCCAACACAUGCCCUACGCACUCUACGCCUGGUGUGUACCUUCUGCGUUCACGGCAGUCGGAAGUGCAUGCCAUUUCGGCGCAUGUGGACCACUGCCUGUUUAUUACGGAACUUAUUUUUCCUGUUGGAUUGCCGAUCCUUACUCCUUCUUAUAUCUUUUUGUCUUGCCAUUAGCCAUACUUUUAACAAUUAAUGCCAUUAUGUUUUCACCAAUCGUGUAUAAUUUGCACAAAGCGAGGUCAAGGAAUCGACAUUCGUUGAAAAAGGAAAGCGUAGUUCAGGAACCCACUAAAAAGCCAACCGAAAUAGCCAUUUACGCCAAACUUUCCACCACAACUGGCUUUUCCUGGAUGUUUGGAAUCCUAGCUUCGUUCACCGACCAAGACUUCUUUUGGCACCUCUUUAUCAUAUUUAUGAGCCUCGAAGGACUUUUCAUCUUUUUAUCAUUCUUUUGUACAAAGAGAAUUAAGAAUUUAUAUGUGAAGCGAUUCGGUAAGAAGUGCAAUGAAAUAGAUCUAGCGAGAAAGCGCUGUGGGCCGACGAGGAGUGCCUAUGCUAUUUCACAACAGGUUGAAAGGCGAAAUUCAAAUGAACCUAAAGAAACAUUUACGACACUAAAUGUUUGAAAAUCACUUAAUCUAUUUUUUAUGUAAACGAUUUUGUAGCGAAAGACAUUGCAAUAGGCGAAAGUUAGGACGGAUGCUAAGUAUUCAUACAUGACACAAUAAGUACAAUCAAUUUUAGGAUCCAUGCCAACCAAACAUCCAUUGAUUUUACUAUAGAAAAUGAAGUAAAUGAGAGUAAAAUAACUGUAAAUGCAUAGGUAUAAUUAUGUGUGAAGGCACGAAGCAGUGUCGCCAACCCUCCCCAAUCUUUGUCCUUCUUUUUUUAAGGAGGGGGGGGGGGGGGUUAUCAUCUUCAUCUGUACAGCACAGCUGUCAUUUAAAAAUGCAUGUAUAAUAAACAUAUAUCGGUGUAUCACAAUGUUGAUUCUGUUCAGUGUUUCUACAGCUCCAAAAUAAAGUUCCCGAAAUUGGAUUCCAAAUUUCCUGAAAUUCAUAAAUAUUUCCUGGAAUUUUCAAGUUUGAUUUUUAACGAAAAUCGGGCAAUAAUACAACGAGUGUAAAUUUGU